UAGAAAUAGGGGGCUGAGCACAAGGCAGCGGCCUUUGUCAAAGCGGACAUCGACAGAGGCGUGUGCGGAAUCGUUGCUGAUGGACACUUUCACGGGGCAGAGCGCAAUGCAGCGGCCUCUGUCAAAAGCAGGCAUGGUAAGAGGCGUGUGCGGUACCAUUACAGAUAGACUCUUCUCCCUCGCCACAUAUUUCAUACGUGUAUCGAUUAUCUCCGACUAUCCGGCUUUAUUUAUCUACCCUCCUCUCUGAUUCUGCGGAUCUCUCUUCUUCUAAUGUAUUAGUCGUAGGACUUGUCACCUCUGGUUUCGUCCCAAGUUUAUCACUCUUAACCCGUCCUCCUCCUUAUUUGCUGAUUUGUCUCCGGACGCUGUUAUUUGGGUACUUUCUUUCUGGCCUUUUCCAAAGAAAAUCUUCCCGAGUUUGAGGAGGCUCAAGGUAUCGGCACCCAAUAAAACGAGCUUGUCUUCCUGCUUUUCUUGGAUCUUAAACGGAUCAAGACUGGGGCGUUGUGUCUGAUUCAGAAGAAGCUAUGUCAGUGAGGCGAGCUCUCGUGCCUGCUUCGUCGAGCAUGCUUUACAGGCUUGCAGGCCGGCGAUCCUUUGCGUCGCGGUCCGCUUCAUCCUUGCAACAGGCAUGCCUUGACACCAUCAGGAGUGAUGAAGAAGAUGCUGAUAUUAACUGGGAUGACCUUGGGUUUGGUCUCGUACCGACCGACUACAUGUAUGUAAUGAGAUGUGGUCGAGAUGAGAAAUUCUCAUCCGGAGUGCUUAAUCGGUAUGGAAACAUUGAGUUGAGCCCAUCAUCAGGAGUCCUAAAUUAUGGGCAGGGUCUAUUUGAAGGUCUGAAAGCAUAUCGGAAAGUAGAUAAUGGUGGUUUCUUGCUCUUUAGGCCAGAAGAGAAUGCACGUCGAAUGCAAAUGGGUGCAGAGAGACUGUGCAUGCCAUCUCCAUCAGUUGAACAGUUCAUUCAUGCCAUCAAAGAGACAAUAUUUGCCAAUAAACGAUGGGUGCCUCCUCAAGGAAAAGGUUCACUCUAUAUCAGACCACUACUAAUAGGGAGUGGACCGGUGCUUGGUUUGGCUCCAGCACCAGAUUACAUGUUUCUAGUCUAUGCUGCUCCUGUGGGUACAUAUUUUAAGGAGGGUUUGGCUCCAAUCAAUCUAGUAAUAGACGAUAACACUCAUCGUGCCACUCCUGGUGGGACUGGUGGUGUGAAGACAAUUACCAAUUAUGCACCGGUUCUCAAGGCACAGAUACAAGCUAAGGCUAAAGGAUUUACGGAUGUUUUAUAUCUUGAUUCUAUUAAGAAAAAAUAUUUGGAGGAGGCCUCUUCAUGCAAUUUGUUCAUUGUGAAGAAUGAUGUCAUUUCAACACCGGUUACUAUGGGAACCAUUUUACCAGGAAUCACCCGCAAAAGCAUCAUUGAAAUAGCUCGUGAUUAUGGAUACCAGGUGGAGGAACAGCUUGUCUCUGUGGAGGAUCUGAUGGAUGCUGAUGAAGUAUUUUGCACAGGAACCGCUGUGGUUGUUGCUCCAGUAGGCAGCAUUACUUAUCAAGGCCAAAGGUUUGAAUAUAAAACAGGAGCUGCAACUGUCACUCGAAAGCUAUAUGAUAUCCUCACCGCAAUUCAAAUGGGGCGGGCAGAGGACAAGAAAAGAUGGACGCUUGAAAUUGAUUGAUUGUCCCAAACUUUUUGUAUACAUGCAUCAGAAUCGUGCGUAAGCAAAUUAUGAAUCUGAAAGGAAAGUGUAUUUAAACAUUGAUUAUGACCAUGUUGGGAGCUCACAGUCCCAACAUAUUAUGCAUCUAAUGGUUUGCCAUCAUAUGGUGAGGCAAGCGUAUCCUUUUAAUUAUUUGGUUUGCUAGAUCAUCUUUUCUUGUGGACAAAUAAACUUAGCGUUUAUCUUUAGAGUGAGAGAAUUGCUGAUGAAUUUUGCAUAGCCUAUGAAACAACAUGUAUUAUUAUAUUAUUCUUUUUAUUAUUUUAAUUAUUACGCCAUUUUCUGUAAAAUGAACCUUGUCAUUUUCUAGUGACAACAAUUGAGUUAAGAGAGAUAGAUAUAUAUAUAUAUAUAUAUAUAUAUAUAUAUAUAUAUAUAUAUAUAUAUAUAUAUAUAUAUAUAGUGCGAGCAGCGCUAAAAAAGGCCUAAUAAUUUACGACCUGGCCCACGAUGAUCAAUCAGGCCCAACCAAAACGGACGGACGGACAGUACUAGCGUGAACACGAAUCCUAAAGUCUCUCGCCUUCUUUACCCAUCGGCUUCAUCAUAGCUGGGGUUGUGAGGCUUGCGAGGCAUGCGGAAGCAGUCGAAAGUGAUGCUGAAGAGAAAACCCUAACCGAGGCGGAAAGAGAGGAUUCGACCGACCGUCGGCACCACGGAUGAUGGCUUCGGUGAUCACGGCUUCUUCCGGUUCGAUGUACCUGGUCACAAGUAAAAUAAUAACUCACUGUAGCUGUAGAACCUUUGACCAUCAUGGCUUCUAUCCUUCUUCAAAAUACCACUUAAAGUGGCAACCUAUAAGACAUUCAAUAAUGAAAUUGCAAGCUGCUGGAAAGUUUGCUCAACCAAACAAAGCUACUAGUUAUUUCAAAGAUUUGGCAGAUAGGAUAUGGGAGGCCUAUCCUAAAUCGCUCAAAGAGUUUCCUUGGGAGGAAGCUAAAGAUAUGGUUCUUCGCCAAUUGUUCUUUCUUGGAAAAAAGGCUCUCAGGUGGUCCUUCAUUGGGCUGUAUGCUAUAAGCUUUUUAUCGGACAUAUCUCUUGCUAUCUCAAGAGAUAGAGAACUUCUUGUACCAAUUGGCCUGUUUGUUGGUGUAGCAUUGGCAGAUUUCAUAAAGGAAUCCUUGCAAGAGUUUUUGAAAAGUCGCAUAGAGGAUGGAGACCCUAAUACAAAUCUUCUGGGCAUUGGAUCAUUUUUUGUGUUUGUUAAGUUUGUUUCUUUGUGCUUCAAACUGCAAGGUAAGGUGCUUCUUUCGCAUAUUGGCAAUGGUGGACUGAUGCAAGUUCUGUGGUUGGUGAGAAAGUUGCAGCAGACAGAUGAUAUCAAGAAUCAGAACGCACCGUCGACUGAUGCAAGUACUGUGGUUGGUGAGAAAGUUGCAGCAGACAGAUGAUAUCAAGAAUCAGAAUGCGCCGUCGGUCAACGGUCCCAGUCCUACCAGUUUAAUUAAUAAUACCUACAAGCCUGUUCUUUGAGAAAAAUGCUCUCUUGAGUUUGACAACAAGAACAAGAUUGUUGUUCUUUGUUAUGUGAUUUAUGGAUUGAGGAGGUUAUUGUACUCAACAUACGAUAGUGUGGCUCAGAGAAAUCAAUCAACUUUUUACCUA